AGAGAGAGAGAAAAAUGGGAUAACCUUCCUAUCUCCCUUCAAAAUCCCCCAGCAUAAACCCUAAAUUUGUCUUACAUCGAAGCGGUAGGGUAAAAGGUGAGGAGAGAGAAGAUAUGUACAAAGAAAGAAGGGUUGGAGCUGGAGUUGGAUCGAAGACGGAGAUGGUGGGACGUGGUGGUGGUGAAAGGAAGAGAUUAAUAAAUGAAGCUUUGGAUAAGCAUUUGGAGCGCUCUUCUCCUUCUACAUCCACUACUACUGCUGCUGCUGUUAGGCCUACUAAUAAGGAUCACCGAUUUAAUGCCUUAUCCUCCAACAAAUCCAAGGGAAACUCUGCUGCUCCUCCUCCACCUGAUAAUAAUAAUAAUAAUAAUAAGUGCUCUGAUGAAUCUGAAACCGACAGUGAGGCGUCAGAUAUUAGUGGUUCUGAUGGAGAAGACACUUCAUGGAUCUCAUGGUACUGUGGUCUACGUGGAAAUGAGUUCUUCUGUGAAGUUGAUGAUGACUACAUCCAAGAUGACUUUAACCUUUGCGGUCUAAGCAGCCUCGUACCGUAUUAUGAUUACGCACUUGAUCUGAUUCUAGAUGUCGAAUCUUCUCAUGGUGAUAUGUUUACAGAAGAACAGAAUGAACUAGUUGAAUCAGCAGCAGAGAUGCUUUAUGGUCUGAUACAUGCCCGCUACAUAUUGACAACAAAGGGACUCGCUGCAAUGUUGGAGAAGUACAAGAAUGCUGAGUUUGGGAGAUGUCCAAGAGUUUACUGCUGUGGACAACCAUGCCUCCCCGUUGGUCAGUCGGACAUUCCUCGACAAAGCAGGGUGAAUAUAUACUGUCCUCGAUGUGAAGAUGUGUAUACACCUCGGUCAAGAUAUCAUGAGAAUAUUGAUGGAGCUUACUUUGGAACCACAUUUCCGCACUUGUUCUUGAUGACUUAUGGACACCUCAAGCCACAGAAGAUUUCUCAGAGCUAUGUUCCCAGAGUGUUUGGUUUCAAGGUCCACAAGCCGUGAUCCUGGUAGUUACCUACUGGUGGUGUUUUCUUUAUUAAUGUGCUAGGAGAGGUAAUACCUCUAAUAGCACAUCUAGAAUUGUAAGGUUCUGUUAUAGGUUUUAUUCUCAUACAGGCUUUUGAAGAUGCUGCGUGAUAACAAAUUAACUUGAGCUCCUUUUAUGUAUGAAGAUACUUUCCAUGC